AUGGGCAAGCUUCUCGGCGCUGCCCUGGGUGCAGCAACUCUCCUCGCCUCAAUUGCGCCUGUCGUAGGAGCGGCCACUCCUGGUGUGGUCGGCUUCAAUUUCGAGAAGCGCCGGGUGAAGGCUGAAGAGGCUCCUCACCUUGUCCGACGACAGUCCGGUACCGUCACAGCUACCCUCACCAACGAAAUCCUCCUCUAUUUCAUCAAUGUCACCGUGGGUACCCCCGGUCAGCCUUUCUCUCUACAACUCGAUACCGGCUCCUCAGACAUCUGGUUUCCAGCAAUUAACGCAGACAUUUGCGAACAAGGCGUCGAAACAUACUGUCCCUUUGGUACGUACGACUAUACGCAGUCGUCGACGUAUUCGGACCCGGGCCUCCCGGAGUUUCAGAUUCAAUAUGUCGACGGUACCCAGAUCUCCGGUGCCUACCUAUCAGACGUCCUGAAUAUCGGCUCGACCAAGCUCACCAACAUGACCAUGGCCGCGGCCUUGGAAGCCAAUACUAGAGGCAUUGGCAUUAUGGGUAUCGGCUUUCAAUCCGGUGAAUCAGCCGCUGUGCAAGGCGAGUUCACAUACCCCAAUGUUAUCAAUGUCUUGAAGGACCAAGGCCACAUCAACAGUCUUGCAUACUCUCUGUGGUUGGACGACCUGGAGUCUAAUACCGGAUCCAUUCUUUUCGGUGGAGUUGACAAAAGCAAAUAUCACGGCAACCUCGUCGCUCUUCCAAUCCAACCAGACUCUCAAACCGGAAAUCUCACAUCUUUCACCGUUGCCUGGACGGGACUGACCGUCAGCGGUAGUGGCCAGACGUCUGACAUGUCCCCCUCGACCCCUCAGCCUGCCAUUCUAGAUUCUGGCACCACAAACACCUACCUCCCCGACGAAAUCGCCAACAGCAUCUUCAACGGCGUCGGUGCUCUGACAGACACGCAAUAUGGAAACGUAGUCCCGUGUAAGCUUGCGGACGAUGACUUGACGUUCUCCUUCACUUUCGGUGGGCAAGGUGGUGCGGUCGUCAACGUCAGCCUUUCUGAGUUUGUCACCCCCCUUUCUGAGGAGGUCACCUUCAAGAAUGGCGACGAAGCAUGCAUGUUUGCCAUCAAUGCUGCUGGUGCUGACCCCAUCUUGUUCGGUGACUCGUUUCUCCGAAGCGCGUACGUCGUCUACGAUCUCGAGAACAAUGAGAUCGGCCUCGCACAGACCAACUUUGAUGCCGGCAAGGCCAGCGUCGAGGCAUUCCAGUCCAGCAGUGGAAUCCCUGACGUCAUUUCGACCGCGACCGCCGCGAGUGUGGUGAAUACCAUCACCGGUAUUCCUCACGAGACAGUUGCUUCUGCUACCGGCACAGGUGGUAUCAGCGGGCCCAGUAGCAGGUCUGCCACGUUCAACCUGGAGCCUAAUGCGAGCGCGACCGGCACUGGCAGUUCGGGUGGAAGUGGUGCAAGUGGCGGUAGCAGCAGUACCAGCAACGCUGCCAAUGCCAACCUGCGUGCUUCGCCGAUUGAAACUGCCAGUAUCGUAUCUUUUGCUGUCGUGGCCAUUGGCUUUUUAUUCGGCGGUGGAUUGAUGCUCCUGUAG